GCAGCGCCUAGUCCCGUGUGCGACCCGAGGGGAACGAAGCGGAUCGGAGAGGAGCGAGGUGAUGGCCUGAAGGUCCCCCAUGGAGGCUCCGCGGGACCAGGACAUCGCUACCUGGCUGGCGGCGGUGCACCUGGAGCGCUACGCCGACGCCUUCCGGCAGAAGGGCUAUCACACGGCGGGCGCAGCCCGCGGCCUGGACCACGCCGAACUCCGGGGCAUGGGCAUCGCCGCCACCGGCCACCGCAAACGCAUCCUGCGCCUGCUGCUGCAGGAAACGGGCCCGGCCCCCCCGCGGGACCCCGAGCCGGGGCCGGAGGCCGCCCCGCUGUCCGGGGCGCGGUGCCCAGGGCUGCCCCCUCCCCUCCCCGCCGAGGCCCGGCCCUCCAAGCCGGUGCCCAAGCCCCGGACGGUGUUCGCCUGGCUGAGCGGCUCCGAGCCCAGCCUCUCCUCCUCCUCCGCCUCCCCGACGGAGCCCCCGGCCCCGCUGCCCCUGGGGAGCCAGCCCCCGCCCCCGCCCCCGGCCCGUGGAGGGCUCCCCGGCCUGUCCCCCUCCCAGGGGGGACACAGCGGCGACCUCAGAGGGCCUGGGUUGCCCCAGCACGUAGCGGCCCCUAGGACCGCAGGCCCGGGGUACCCCUCCUCACCAGGCCAGGCCCCUUCCUCCGAGUCAUCCCUCGGCCCCCGCUCCCCAACACCCCAGCACCUGCCGGGCUCCCCCGCCAGCCCCCCGUUGCCGCCACUCCCUCCCGAAGCCCCCCAGGGUUCGUCCUGCGGGCCCGGCCAGCUGGACAUGAUACCCAAUGCCAUCUACCUCGGACUGGAUUCCGGGCCCGGCCCGCUUGGGGUCCCGCGGGAGGCCAAGGAUGGAACUCAGGACUCAACCCCGCUGGACACCCAGGCCCCCCCAGCCAGGUUCCCUGCCCACUCAGCGACCCCCGGAGACCUUAACGACUUGUACUACGGCGCCCGGCUGGAGGGCCAGUCCACCCAGCGCGAGCAGGACCCUGGGGCUUCCGAGGGAUGGGGGAGCAGAACCCCAAGCCAGAUGGGGUCCGAGUUCGGGCAGAGGGGUCGGGAGCAGGCUGGGGGAGGAGGGGCCGACGACGGGGGCUACGCCAGUCUGGAGCUGCCGACCUCAGACUCCCCCCUGCCGCCCCCUGACUUGGACGAGGACGAAGCCUGCGAGGAUCUCAUCUCCCCCUACGCCAGCUUCACGUCGCUGGCCGAGCCCCCCGCAGCCCUGCUCAGCGGCUGGCUGGACAAGUUAUCUCCCCAAGGGAACUACGUUUUCCAGAGACGUUUUGUUAGUUUCAAUGGAAAGAAUCUAAUGUACUAUGGCAGUGAUAAGGACCCCUUCCCCAAGGGUGUGAUCCCGCUGGCUGCCAUAGAGAUGACCCGCUGCAGCAAGGAGAAUAAAUUCCAGGUCGUAACUAGCCAGAGGGUUUUUGUGUUCCGGGCGGAGAGUGAGGCCCUGAGGGACAAGUGGUGCUUAACCCUGCAAGCCCGGCUGAAGGAGCAGCGGCUGUUGGGGAACCCCCGGCCCCCUCUGCCCCCCAAGCCCCUCCGCACCGGCCCCCUGGACCUGCGGGGCCACAAGGCCAAGAUCUUCGCCGUAUUGAUCCCCGGGGAGCUGGGACUGUACAAGAGCGAGCAGUCCUUCUCCCAGGGCAUCGGGAUCUGUUUCAUUGAACUGCGCGGCUGCAGCGUCCGAGAGACCAAGAACCGCAGCUUUGACGUCCUGACGCCACAGCGCUGCUUCAGCUUCACGGCCGAGUCGGGAGGGGCGAGGCAGGGCUGGGUCACCGCUCUGCAGGAGGCGGUGACCGAAACCCUGUCCGACUACGAAGUGGUGGAGAAAGUCUGGUCCAACCGAGCCAACCGGCGCUGCGCCGACUGCGGCGCCCCUCGGCCCGACUGGGCGGCCGUCAACCUGGGAGUGGUCAUCUGCAAACAUUGUGCAGGCCAGCAUCGGGCUCUGGGCUCUGGCAUCUCUAAGGUUCAGAGUCUGAAGCUGGACACGAGUGUCUGGACCAACGAGAUCGUACAGCUGUUUAUCAUCCUGGGCAAUGACCGAGCCAACCGCUUCUGGGCAGGGCAUCUGCCCCCCGGGGGUGGCCUGCAACCCGACGCCGCGCCUGGGCCCCGGGGCGACUUCAUCUCCCGCAAAUACAGGCUCGGACUCUUCCGGGGACCCCACCCCCAGCACCCCGACCAUGCUCAGCUGCUGCAGGCACUGUGCGCGGCUGUGACGGGACCCAACUUGAUCAAGACGGUGACCGGAAUCUUCUCCGUGGACCCCGGUGGGGAGGGGGAGACCUGGCCUCCCCACUCUGUUGACGGCGGCUCCCUCAGUCUACUCCCUCCUGACCCCACCCCCAGCGUGUACAAUGAAGUGGUGGUGCCGGCCACCCAGAGCGGUCACCUGCACUGCAGCCCGGUCAGCAGCAAGCCCGGACCGCCCCCACACCGGGGACGAGACACCCCGCCACGGUUGUGGUGUAUCCUGGGAGCGGCCCUGGAGAUGUUCGCCUCUGAGACCAGCUCUGAGAGACUCGGCCUCCUCCGGCCCCAGGAUGUGGUGAGCCUGGGGGUGAGCACCCCACCUGUGGACUCCAGCGACCCCGACAGGUCCCUUUUCUUCUUUGAGCUGAUCCUGGACGGGGGCCGGGUGCAGCAUUUCGGAACCGACGAUACUGACAGCCUUGAGGCCUGGACCAGCGCCCUGGGUCGGUGGUUUUCCCCACUGAGUUGCCACCAGCUCCUGGGCCCGGGGCUGGUGCGUGUGGGGCGGCUGCGGGUGCGCUCGCCCUCUCAGGCUGCACUGUCCCCCGGCCUCUGGCUGUCCGGCUUCGCUGUCCUGCGUGGGGACCACCUCUUCCUGUGUCCAGCCACCGGUCCCGGCCCCCCAAUCCCAGAAGACACCAUUCACCUCCGCCGGCUGCAGGAGAUCAGCAUCGUCCCCGCUUCGGACACCCCGGACAAGAAGGAGCACCUCGUCCUGGUGGAGAUGGGAAGGACCCUGUACCUGCAGGCGGAAGGGCGGCUGGACUUCGCGGGCUGGAGCGCCGCCAUCGAGGGGGCGUCCGGUGGCCGGGGCAACGCGCUCCAGGGGCAGCAGCUGAGCCGGGGGGACAUCCCCAUCAUCGUGGACGCCUGCAUCAGCUUCGUCACCCAGCACGGGCUGCGCCUGGAGGGGGUGUACCGGAAAAGCGGGGCCCGGGCCCGGAGCCGUCGGCUGCUGGCGGAGUUCCGGCAAGAUGCCCGCUCCGUGAAGCUGCGGCCGGGGGAGCACUUCGUCGAGGACGUGACCGACACGCUCAAGCGUUUCUUCCGGGAGCUGGACGACCCCGUGACCUCGGCUCGCAUGCUGCCCCGCUGGAGGGAGGCCGCAGAACACCCCCAGAAGGCUCAGAGGCUGGAGCAAUACAAAGAGGUGAUUGGCAGCCUGCCCAGGGUGAACCGCCGGACUCUUGCCACCCUCAUCGGCCACCUCUACAGGGUGCAGAAGUGCGCGGCCCUGAACCACAUGUGCUCCCGGAACCUGGCACUGCUCUUCGCCCCCAGCCUGUUCCAGACCGACGGGCGCGGGGAGCAUGAGGUCCACAUCUUGCAGGACCUCAUCGACAGCUACGCAACUGCUUUUGAUGUUGAUGCUGACCAGAUGGCCCAGAUCGAUUUGGAGAUCAGUCUUAUCACCACCUGGAAGGACGUUCAGCUCUCCCAAGCCGGUGACCUUAUCAUGGAGGUGUAUCUGGAGCAGCGGGGCCCCGAUACCUGUGUCACCCUCAAGGUGUCCCCGACCCUGACCGCCGAGGAGCUAGCCAAUCAGGUUCUGGAGAUGCGAGGGACGGUGCCAGGUCCUGACUUGUGGCUAACCUUUGAAAUCCGGGAGCACGGGGAGCUCGAACGGCCCCUGCACCCCAAGGAGCGGGUGUUGGAACAGGCCCUGCAAUGGUGCCAGCUGUCAGAGCCCGGCUCAGCUUUUCUACUGCUGCGCAAGGUGCCCGUAGCCCAUGCUGGCUGCCUCUUUACUGGAGCCCGACGGGUGAGUCCCCGGGUGGGGCUGCUGCGGUGCCGGGAGGAGCCCCCCCGACUUCUGGGGAACCGGUUCCAAGAGAGAUUCUUCCUGCUCAGGGGGCGCUGCCUGCUACUCCUCAAGGAGAAAAGGAGCAGUAAGCCGGAGCGGGAGUGGUCUCUGGAGGGAGCCAAGGUCUACCAGGGGAUCCGCCGGAAGCUGAAACCACCCAGUCCGUGGGGUUUCACCCUGAUCCUGGAGAAACAGCAGCUCUACCUGGCCUGCACAGACCAGGAGGAGAUGUGGGACUGGACCACCAGCAUCCUCAAAGCACAGCACGAUGACCUGCAGCCCGUGGUCCUGCGUCGCCGCUCCUCGUCCGACUUGGCCAAGCAGAAGUUCGGGACGAUGCCCCUGCUGCCCAUCCGCGGGGACGACAGCGGUGCCAGUCUGCUGUCUGCCAACCAGACCCUGCGUCGUUUACACAAGCGGAGGACUCUGUCCAUGUUCUUUCCUCUGAAGCUGUCCCAGGACUCUGUGGAAGAGCAAGGAGAGGAGGGGGAAGAAGAGGAAGAGGAGGAGGAGGAAGAAGAGGAAGAGGAGCCUGUCUAUGAGGAAGUGGGGGCUUUCCCCGAGCUGAGCGGGACCCCCCCGCCACCACCAGACAGGAGCUCCAGGGCAGAGGUGCCCUCCACCCCCACAAGCCUCCCCACCGGGCAGUCCCAAUCCCUGGAGCGGGGUCAGGGGCUCUGGGGGGAGCGUCCCCCGCUCAGCAAGACGGGCUCCCUGGGGCAGGAUUUGGAAAACCCCGAAACCCCGUCUGCCUCGCCGCUCAGGAAGAGCCUCCCCGUGCCCUCUUGCCUCGAAGAGCAGCUUCUCCAGGAGCUGAGCACGACUCUGAACCUCCGGAAGGGGGAGGCCCAGGCCCCGGGCCCCUCCAGCCCCCCGACCCAGCCCCCGGGGUCUCCCAGCUCCCCCCCCAGGUCCCUGGUCCCACCACUCCCCCCUCCGCCUACCGGCCCGUCCCCUGAGUCCACGCCUAGCGGCCCAAGGGGGGUGGUCAGCCCCUUGGGCCUCUCCUGGGAGAUGAGAGCCAACGGACACAGGCCCAGACACAGCCCCAGCUGGGAAACUUCGGACAGAGACAGGGAUACCUGAUCCUACCCAACUUCCCUUCCUCCUUUCCUUUCUCCCCAGACCCUGAAUCACUGCUCACAGCCCUUUUACCCAGUAGAGGGUGAAUGAAAGAGGUGAAAAAGCUAAUAAACUCUUGAAUCAAAAGGCUGUA